AUGCACGAGUCGCAGGCAACAUUCACAUCAGAGGCACACUAUCGCACUAUUGCUGCAGAGCAGUCUGAGAUGCUGGAGUCUGAGUUCUACGUUUGGCGAGUUCGCAGUCCAGGUCUCCUGCAGCACUACGCCGGCCAGAGCGGCAUGGAGGGUCGCCACGAAGUGCUGGCCUGGCAUGGGGAUCCGUCGGAUUUGGAUCAGAUGCCAAGCUGUUGGAACUACAUCUCGGAGAGGGGUCGCAGACAGCUGCCAAAAUUCCGCUAUUCGGGAAGCGAUAACUCGUACUUGUAUGUGUAUUUCUGCUCUCCACUGGCCCAACUACUGGUCGAUCGAUGCGUUCCGCUCUGGUUGGCACCCAACCUGAUCACACUAGCCGGACUGUCGAUUUCGUGCUUGGGGCACGCGCUGGUGCAUCUGUACUCACCCGGCUUCCGCAACUCCUGCCCCAGCUGGGUUUGGUUGGUUGAAGCUAUCUGCACCUUUGUUUACCAAACUUUGGACAACAUGGACGGGAAGCAGGCGAGGAGGACAGGCAGUUCAUCGCCCUUGGGUCUUUUCCUGGACCACGGUGCAGAUGCUCUUAACAUCGUGCUGUCGUCUUUGAACAUCAUGGCAAUGCUGCAGUUGGGCGAUGGCAAAAGCUGGGAGUGCUUCGGAGUUUGGGCUGCGAGCACAACUCCGUUCUUCUUUGCUACCUGGGAGGAAUACUUUACUGGAAGCCUGUAUCUGGGAGUGUUCAACGGUCCCACGGAUGGUGUACUUAUCGUGUGCGCAUCCUACUUGGCCACCUUCAUCCAUGGGAGCCAAGAGGAGUUAUGGGGCUCCCACUUUGCCUUUGGCCUCUCACGGGCACAAGCCAUGAUCUGCUUCUAUGCGGUCUGCGUCAUGGGCACCGUCUUGGGCAAUGUAAAGGCGAUGUUAGGUGGUCCACAGAGGCUGCUUCCAAGCCUUGCCCUAACCGGACCCUUCUGUGCCCAUGUUGCAGGCGUUGCUUUCUGCUUGCUCUCACCCACCCUGGUGGAAGCACGAGGAAAUCCUAGAAGCAUAUUCUGGUUCUUUGGGCUGACGUUUUUGAUGUUAGUGUCACACCUUCAGCUUGCUCAUGUUUGUGGCGAGGCUUACAGACCUUGGCGGUUGAGCCCCUUCAUUCUCGGGGCCUUGAUCGUCGGCUGGCUAGCGAGCAGCGUAGGCUCCAGUGGCUCCAUGUUUCAGAUUGCGGUUGCGGUGCUGGCCAUUGCAUGGUUGCACCUCCAAGUCUGUGUGAUCAAAGAAAUGUCAGACGUUCUCCAGAUUCCGAUUUUCACCCUCGACGACCCCAAAAAAGAGCUAGGCACAAAAAGGAUCGAAGACUUAGAAGAGGGGGCACCGAUCGUCCUUAAACUGGUAAAGAUGGGGUAUGCUGAUGCUCAAGACAAGGCCUCAGUUUGUCCUGUGUUGGCCCCGGCCAGUGGCCGAACCCAACUCAUCCCGGUCCCAGAACUUGUUGUUGACAGGUUGUAUUGCCUGGCUCAUCCAUCGCUUUGGCUCAGCGGUGCUGGUGGCGAUCGAAGGUCGCUUGCCAACGUGCUCUUCGUGACCAGCUGGCCAGAGCAGAACAAAGCCCGCCUGAACUCGUUGGCUGCACACGAGCUGCUCACAUUGCGGGUAGGUGGCAUUCGCACAAUUGAUCCUGUGGCAGUGGUCCAGCCAGAGUCUGAACGGUGUUGA